AUGUACCCGUAUCAACGGCCGCUUAAACUUAAAUCACCCAAACCCACGCGAGAACCGCCGGCACGCUCCGACGGGGGGGCGCUCCAGGGGCAGCGCUCCAUGGCGGGGCCCGCAACGGACCUUACCCCACCGGCUCCCGAAGUGUGGAGUCCUCCCGGCUUAGCCCAACCUCGGCGCGGGCCCGACCCGUCUGCCACAAUCAUGAGGGUCAGCGUUGAUUCCAUCAACAUCGGGGAAUCACUCAAAAUAUUAUUCGCCAGACCCCGAGGAGAAGACUGGGCGACUGACGAAGGUCUAGGAAGCGACUCUGUUGGUAACCCAUGCAGUCGGCAACAAUCUGGAGCAGUGAUGUACAUCCUUGUCUUCGCAGCCAUCCGCCGAGUCGCUACCCGUAACAGGGACCUUGGCGAGACGUCGUUAGGUGUCGAUACAUGCCAUCAAGGUUGCUGCUUCACUGUCACCUUUGUCCAGGAAUCGGCAAGCUUCGUUGGAUGA